AUCUCUUUCUCCCCGUUCUUCGGACCGGACCCAAUCGAUCCCGCCACGUACUAGACAAGACAAGCUGGUUGAUCACCCUAACAAACUGUACAUGCAGACUAAAAGGCCAUCAUUCCACUGCAAAAGAGAUCAAAAAGGGAAACAAAAAGCAGAAUACAAUCUCUAGAUAUUCGAAUUAAACUUGUUGGCCGAUCCGCCUUGUUUACCCCUCCUCCCCUCAGCCAUGCCUCCAAAGUCGAAGAAAGAACCUAUCAAAAUUAAAGGCACCACCCAAGGUCAAAAGAAAGAAGAGCCAGCUCCCAACUGGCCUCCCCUGCGCCCUCUAGUCCCCGCGUCCGAUCUAUAUCUCGAGUCCCUCGUAGAGGACCAGAUAUACAUCAUUCGCAACUUCUUCACUUCGACCCUCUGUAAAAACUAUGUCUCAUUCCUCGCCUCGCUACCAUUGAUCACCACUCCCAGCAGGCCAAAAAAGGGAGAGGCCGUGCGGGUCAAUGAUCGGUUUCAAAUCGACGAUGCUCGAUUUGCUGAGAUGCUAUGGAGUUCGACAGCACUAAAGGACUUGGUUGAGGGCAGUCUAGACAGCGAUGCCACGCAAGCAAUGCUUCGUCAGACUUGGGGUGGGAAUCCUCUGGGGUUGAAUCCGAAUAUAAGAAUAUAUCGUUAUUCUCCAGGCCAAUUCUUUGCGCAGCAUUACGACGACUCCAACACCCUCACUUUUAAACCGGCCACCCAGAACAAUCCCAUAGCCGCUCGCACGACAUGGACCCUCCUCAUCUACCUCACCAACUGCUCCGGCGGCGAAACCGUCUUCUACCCUGACCCGACACCCACGGAUCGGUCACCGGAACCGAUCUCCGUCGCUCCAGAGGUCGGCAUGGCGCUACUGCAUCGGCACGGUGAGCACUGUUUACUCCACGAGGGCAAGAGAGUCACUAGUGGGGAGAAAUGGGUUGUUAGGAGUGAUUUGGUUGUUGGUCGAUGAGAUGAUGAUGAUUAUGACGAGAUGUUUGUUGUAGA